AUGAGACUGUGCAACAUUUUGUGGGAAGUUAGCUUAGAUGUAGAGGAUGUUGAGGAAGGCUUGAAAUAUGAGAGAAAGUUACACCAAAGAACCAGCAAUGGGGAAAAUAAUGGUAACCCCAGGAGAAACAAGCUUGACCACUAUGUCAUCAUCAAGUUCCCCCUGACCACGGAGUUGGCCAUGAAGAAGAUAGAAGGCAAUAACACACUGGUGUUCAUUGUGGAUGUCAAGGCCAACAAGCACCAGAUCAAACAAGCUGUGAAAAAACUCUAUGACGUUGAUGUGGCCAAAGUCAACACCCUGAUCAGACCUGAGAGAGAGAAGAAGGCAUAUGUGCGGCUGGCUCCUGACUAUGAUGCUCUGGACGUUGCCAACAAAAUUGGGAUCAUCUGAACUGAGUCCAGCUGGCUAAUUCUAAAUAUAUGUUUUUCCA